AAAUCACUAGAAAUAAAAUAUAUGAACUUCUUAUCAAGUUUUGGAACCCUAGUUUAAGGUUAAGAUCCAAAAAGGCACCCAGUUUGAAUAUUGGAUUGUAUGGUACGGCGCGGAUUGGAUUCGGCUACGAUGAUUUGAAUGACACAUAUAAGGUGGUAGCUGUCUUUUGGGAUCAUAAAACACAUAAAAUGGAGGGGAGAGUUCACUGUAUGGGUGAUAGUUGUUGGAGAAAGACUCUCGAUUGCCCUACUUUUCCAAUUCUACUACGAAUUUCCAAUGGACCAUUCGUGAAUGGCAGUGUUAACUGGUUAGCACUUCACAACUUAAACAGUGAUGAUUAUAAAUGGGAAAAUGUUACCAUCCAACAAUUAGUGGUUUUUUCACUUGAUCUGCGGAAGGAGACAUGUAAGUAUAUUUUGUUGCCCAUUGGUUUUGGUGAGCUGCCCGAAGAUGAACCAGCUCUUGCUGUUUUGAGGGGUCGCCUCUGCCUUUAUUAUGAUCAAAUGAGAACACAUUUUGUUUUGUGGGAAAUGAGAGAGUAUGGAGUUCAAGAAUCUUGGACUCGGUUGGUGAAUGUCAGUUAUGUGCAUCUAAAAUUUUAUGAUAUUGCGCCUAAUUUUCUGUUGUUGCCUGUGUGUUUGUCCGAAAAUGGAGAUGUCCUGUUGCUGGCUACCAAAGAAAAAGAUCUUUUAAAUUUUGUUAUUAUGUAUAAUCGGAGAGAUGAUAUAGUUCAAUUUCUUCGACUUCCUAACAACCAAAUUUGGGCGGCCGAUGAACAUAUGCGUAGCUUGGUUUUGCCUCGUCCUCAUCCACAUUAAGCUCCUAUACUUCAAUUGUUUGUUUUCAAAACUUUUGCUAAACUAUGAAAGUGGCGUGAUGGCUAUCGAUGGGUUCUUAAAUGUGUUUUCAUUAGCUAGCUAGUUUGACUAUUUUGUUGUAUGAUUUUGUCAGUACUUAUAACUAGUUGUUGGAUCGAAGUCUUUGGAUUGGAUGAUGAUGUUUUGAUUUUAUA